AUGCUGGUUACCUAUUUGGAAGCCAGCCAGGACCUUUGCGAGACGGACUCAAUUCUUUUUGGCGCCGCACUGGCAGUCUGCGGUAUUAUAUGCGCCAAACUUUCCACGGCUGGACGCGCUACUGGACAAAGUAGUGCUAUCCCAGCCUGGAGAAUAAGAAUUGAAGAACGUAUCGCAAAGGCUAGGGCCCUCAUCGGCAGACUGAUAUGCUUCAGGUCAGGCAAUACCAGGCCAAGGAUUGUGCGCACCGUCAGGAUGGCGUUUGCUGGGACAAAUGUUGGAACUAGAAAUAGAGCAAAUGAGGAGUACAUUGGAAGAGGCGAUUGUGGAAACGCGCAGUACGCGUCUCGAAAAUCGACCGCAACUUCCCCGUAUAGCCCUAAGCAAGCUGAAUCGGGCUGUCGUGAGGGCUCUGAACCAAAUGCUGGUGACCUAUUUGGAAGCCAGCCGGGACCUUUGCGAUACGGACUCAAUUUUUUUCGCGCCGCGCUGGAAGUCUGCCGUAUCAUAGGCGCCAGAGUUUCCACGGCUGAAAUCGCUACUUGCCAAAGUAGCGCUAUCCCAGCAUGGAGAAGAAGAAUUGAGGAGCGUAUCGAGAAGGCUAGAGCUCUCAUCGGCAGACUGAUGUGCUUCAGAUCAGGCAAUAACAGGCCAAUAAUUAUGCGCACCGUCAGGAUGGCGUUUGCUGAGACAAAAUGUAAUUUUGUCCCAGCCGUAUAUAAUGCAAAAAGUGACGGAGCGCAUAGAUGA